AUGGCCCUGGUUCAGGACAUUCUAAUCAACAAACAGAUAGAAGAACCAUUUUCUCCUACCAAGAAAAGACACAGAAAGCAGGCUGUGAAAACAGAACCUGAAAAGAAGUCACAACCAACUAAGGCAUCUGUGGUUCCUGAGAAAAAAACGCAAGAAGAAAAGCCAAAGGAACACAGAGAGCCAAAAAGCUUGACCAAACAUGCAUCAGAUACAGGAGGCCAGCAUGUUCAUAAAGAAAAAGCGGUUUCCAGAUCAAGUGAGCAGCUGACAACAGAAAAAUCAACAGAACCAAAGGAUAAAUCACAGGAUACAGUUUCUGCUGGUGGGAAGAGUGUUGUUGCUAGCAUAACUACAACAUCUGGCAAGCCAGAUGACAAGGUGAGCACUAAAAAGGAAAUAAAUAAUUUUUCUGUGCCAGUUGAAUUCAAACCAUGGAAGCCAUCUAGCAAGUCAGGCAUGGACGCUGCUUUGGAUGACUUAAUAGACACUUUAGGAGAACCUGAAGAAAAUGAACAGAAUAAUACAACGUAUACUGGACCGGAAGUUUCAGACCCAAUGACUUCUACCUACAUAGAAGAAUUGGGUAAAAGAGAAGUCACAAUUCCUCCAAAAUAUAGGGAACUUUUGGCUAAAAAUGAAGGGAUCACACAGCCUCCUGCAUCCUCUGAGAAACCCAUGGGACCUGAUGAUGCUAUAAAUGCCUUGUCAUCUGACUUCACCUGCAGCUCUCCUACCACUGAUGGAAACAAAGCUAAGAAAGAGAAACCUACAGGAGAGGUUUUAAAAGCUCAGUCAGCUGAAGUCAUCAGAAGUGCCGCUCCACCCCAUGAGAAGAAGAGAAAGGUGGAGAAGGAUACAAUGAGCGAUCAAGCACUUGAUGCCCUUUCUGCUUCACUGGGCACCCGGAAACCAGAGCCUGAGCUCGACCUGAGCUCUAUUAAGGAAGUUGUUGAGGCAAAGGCCAAAGAAGAAAAACUAAAGAAGUGUGGCGAAGAUGAUGAAACAGUCCCUUCUGAGUUCAGAUUAAAACCAGCCAUGGAUAAAGAUGGAAAACCACUGUUGCCAGAGCCUGAAGAAAAAUCAAAGCUCCUGAGUGAAUCAGAACUCAUCGAUAAAUUUUCGGAAGAUUUUGACCAGUCUAAAAGCAAAAAACCAUCUAAGCCAACUGAAAAGGUAGACGAAUCUAAGACCCCAGCCCCAACUCCUGUGCAAGAGACUGUCCCUAAAACCUCAAUGUGUAGUGUUCAGGCAGCACCACCUAAACCAGCUACCUUGAAGGGUGUGGUGCCAGACGAUGCUGUUGAAGCCUUGGCUGGUAGCCUGGGGAAAAAGGAAGCAGAUCCAGAAGAUGGAAAACCUGUGGUGGAUAAAAUCAAGGAGAAAGCUAAAGAAGAAGACCGUGAAAAACUUGGUGAAAAAGAAGAAACCAUCCCCCCUGAUUACAGAUUAGAAGAGACCAAGGACAAAGAUGGAAAACCACUUUUGCCAAAAGAGCCCAAGGAACAGCUCCCGCCUAUGAGUGAAGAUCUCCUUCUCGAAGCUUUGUCUGAGGAUUUCUCUGGUCUCCAGAAUACUUCAUCUCUUAAAUUUGAAGAUGCUAAACUUUCUGCAGUGAUUUCUGAAGUGGUUUCCCAAACCCCAGCUUCAACCACCCAUUCUGCAAGAUCACCCCCUAAGACCCCACAAAGUGACAACAAAGAACUAGAUGAUGCCCUGGAUCAACUUUCUGACAGCCUAGGACAAAGACAGCCAGACCCUGAUGAAAAUAAACCAAUGGAGGAUAAAGUAAAGGAAAAAGCUAAGGCUGAACAUAGAGACAAACUAGGAGAAAGGGAUGACACUAUCCCACCGGACUACAGGCAUCUCCUGGAUAAUGAUGACCAGGGCAAGCCAGAGAAGCCAUCUACAAAGAAAUCUAAGGAAUCAAAGAAACCUGCAGAUGACCAUGACCCCAUUGAUGACCUCUCAAGAGAGCUUGACAACUGUCCAUCAACUACAGAAACCUCACAGAAAGCAGCAAAGGACAAAAGCAAGAAGAACAAUUCCAGCACCAAAGCUUCCAAGAAUGGGGGUAAAUCAAAGGAUUCAGCAAAGGCAAAGGAUGACGCUUCCAAACCAAAAAGGAAUGAAGGAAAUACAAGUUAA